CCCUGCCCGGUCCCCGCGAGGCCGGGGCCGGGGGUCGGCGGCGGGUCGAGACCAGCGAGCCAGCUCGCGCGGGCUGAAGUUUGCGUCCUCGCCCGGCCGGGAUCGGAGCCGCGAGGUUGGUGUCGGAACAGGGUUUGAGGGCCCGCGGCUGAAGAAAUAGGGCAAUUCAUGACUGAGGGCACACAGCCUCCGCCCCAUCUCCCUUUGGUACUUUUCCCACAUGAGGGGAAGACGAGCUUCUUAGAGCCGGAGCACCCAUCGUCGGAGACCCCUUGUCCACCAUGAGGGGAGCCUGCAUCAUCACAUGGCUCUUCUCAAGCCUGGGGAUGUGGAGACUCGUACAGCCAAAGGCCCAGGAUGCGGCCCACUGCCAGAGAGCUGAGCAUCCAAUCGUCUCCUACAAAGAAAUCGGUCCCUGGUUACGGGAGUUCAGAGUGAAGAAUGCUGUGGAUUUCUCACGGUUAACCUUCGACCCAGGACAGAAAGAACUUGUGGUGGGAGCAAGAAACUACCUCUUCAGAUUACUGCUUGAGGAUCUCUCUCUCAUCCAGGCUGUGGAAUGGGGGUGUGACGAAGCUACCACGAAGGCCUGUUACAGCAAGGGCAAAUCAAAGGAGGAAUGUCAGAACUACAUCCGCGUGCUGCUGGUGGGUGGUGAGCGGUUGUUCACCUGCGGGACCAAUGCCUUCACACCUGUCUGCACAAACCGCUCGUUGAGUAACCUGACCGAGAUCCAUGAUCAGAUCAGCGGCAUGGCCCGCUGCCCCUACAGUCCCCAGCACAACUCCACCGCUCUGCUCACGGCCAGUGGGGAGCUCUAUGCGGCCACAGCCAUGGAUUUCCCGGGCCGUGAUCCAGCCAUCUACCGAAGCCUGGGCGCUUUACCUCCCCUCCGCACUGCGCAGUACAACUCCAAGUGGCUCAAUGAACCAAACUUCGUGUCUUCUUACGAUAUCGGAAACUUCACCUACUUCUUUUUCCGAGAAAAUGCCGUGGAGCAUGACUGUGGGAAGACUGUGUUCUCCAGAGCUGCCCGCGUCUGCAAGAACGACAUUGGGGGGCGGUUCCUGCUAGAAGACACCUGGACCACCUUCAUGAAGGCCCGCCUGAACUGCUCCCGCCCCGGGGAGGUGCCCUUCUACUACAAUGAACUGCAGAGCACCUUCUUCCUGCCCGAGCUCGAUCUCAUCUACGGCAUCUUCACCACCAACGUGAACAGCAUUGCUGCUUCGGCUGUGUGUGUCUUCAACCUGAGUGCCAUCUCUCAGGCCUUCAAUGGGCCCUUCAAGUACCAAGAGAACUCGCGCUCGGCCUGGCUGCCUUAUCCCAACCCCAACCCCAACUUCCAGUGUGGCACCAUGGACCAGGGCCUGUAUGUGAACUUGACAGAAAGAAACCUACAGGAUGCUCAGAAAUUCCUUCUGAUGCACGAGGUGGUACAGCCCGUGACUCCCGUGCCUGCCUUCAUGGAGGACAACAGCCGCUUCUCCCACGUGGCGGUCGACGUGGUUCAGGGCAGAGACACUCUGGUCCACAUCAUCUACCUGGCCACAGAUUACGGAACCAUCAAGAAAGUCCGGGCCCCCCUGAAUCAGAGCGCGGGCAGCUGUGUGCUGGAGGAGAUUGAGCUGUUCCCCGAGCGGAGGAGGGAGCCCAUCAGGAGCCUGGAGAUCCUCCACAGUCAGAGCGCCCUGUUCGUGGGGCUGCAGGAGCACGUGGCCAAGGUUCCCCUGAAGCGAUGCCAGUUCCACCGCGCACGCAGCACCUGCAUCGGCGCCCAGGACCCUUACUGUGGCUGGGACUCCGUGAUGAAGAAGUGCACGAGCCUGGAGGAGAGCCUGAGCAUGACGCAGUGGGAGCAGAGCAUCUCCUCCUGUCCUACCCGGAAUCUCACCGUGGAUGGGAGCUUCGGGCUCUGGUCUCCGUGGUUCCCCUGCACCCACACCGACGGCAGUGCUGUGGGGUCCUGCCUCUGCCGCUCCCGCUCCUGUGACAGCCCAGCCCCGCAGUGUGGCGGCUGGCAGUGCCAAGGGCCCAGCAUGGAGAUCACCAACUGCUCCAGGAACGGAGGCUGGACCCCCUGGACCUCGUGGUCGCCCUGCAGCACCACCUGUGGGAUCGGCUUCCAGGUGCGGCAGCGGUCCUGCAGCAACCCCACACCCCGGCACGGGGGCCGCGUGUGCGUGGGACAGAACCGCGAGGAGAGGUACUGCAACGAGCACCUGCUGUGCCCCCCGCACACGUUCUGGACCGGCUGGGGGCCCUGGGAGCGCUGCACGGCCCAGUGCGGGGGGGGCAUCCAGGCUCGCCGCAGGACCUGCGAGCACGGCCCCGACUGUGCGGGCUGCAACGUGGAGUACCAGCCGUGUAACACCAACGCGUGUCCCGAGCUGAAGAAGACCACGCCCUGGACGCCCUGGACGCCGGUGAACAUCUCCGACAACGGCGGCCACUACGAGCAGCGAUUCCGGUACACCUGCAAGGCCCGCCUGGCCGACCCCAACCUGCUGGAGGUCGGGCGGCAGAGGAUCGAGAUGCGGUACUGCUCCAGCGACGGCACCAGCGGCUGCUCCACCGACGGGCUUUCUGGAGACUUCCUGCGUGCAGGGAGAUACUCUGCCCAUACUGUCAAUGGGGCGUGGUCAGCCUGGACAUCCUGGUCCCAGUGCAGCCGGGACUGCAGUAGAGGCAUUCGCAACAGGAAGCGAGUUUGCAACAACCCGGAGCCCAAGUAUGGGGGAAUGCCUUGCUUGGGGCCAUCGCUGGAGUACCAAGAAUGCAACAUACUACCCUGCCCAGUGGACGGUAUGUGGUCCUGCUGGUCAUCCUGGUCAAAAUGCUCAGCCACGUGUGGUGGGGGACACUUCAUGAGGACCCGCUCCUGCACGAACCCGGCGCCGGCCUACGGAGGGGACAUCUGCCUGGGACUGCACACCGAAGAGGCGCUGUGUAACACACAGCCCUGCCCAGAGAGCUGGUCCGCUUGGUCUGACUGGUCGGCGUGUGACGCCUCUGGCAUCCAGAUCCGAGCCCGCCACUGUAUCCUUCUGUUCCCUGUGGGCAGCCAGUGUUCCGGAAAUACCACGGAGAGCCGGCCAUGCGUUUUUGACUCUAAUUUCAUCCCAGAAGUUUCGGUGGCCAGAUCCAGCAGCGUAGAAGAGAAAAGGUGUGGAGAGUUCAACAUGUUCCACAUGAUCGCCGUGGGGCUCAGCAGCUCGGUCCUCGGCUGCCUCCUCACGCUGCUCGUCUACACCUACUGCCAGCGGUACCAGCAGCAGUCCCACGAUGCCACGGUCAUCCACCCCGUCUCCCCCGCCCCGCUCAACACCAGCAUCACCAACCACAUCAACAAACUGGACAAGUACGACUCGGUGGAGGCCAUCAAGGCAUUUAACAAGAACAACUUGAUCCUGGAGGAAAGAAACAAAUACUUCAACCCACAUCUCACUGGGAAGACCUAUUCCAACGCCUACUUUACAGAUCUCAAUAAUUACGAUGAGUACUAAUAGCUCGUAUAGUUUUUGGCUUCUUGUAAAACCCCCCUGUUUCUCAAAGCCUGUGCUCCAUGACCACCUGUGUUCCCGAGGCUUCCGAUAGGGUGCUUGGGUCAAGUUCAAGUGCAUUUCUAGCCAAGAUUGUCCCGUGGCUACCAAAACUACACACCUGAGAAGCAACAACAACCACAACAAAAUCUAAGUGCAACGUGGUGAAAAUCUGGUCUACGACAAAUUGUUGAAUGGGCCACAGUGUGAAGUAUUGUUCUUUUUUUAUUUGUUUGUUUGUUUUCUAAUUGUGUCCAUUGCAUUUCUCUAAUAGGUUUGUUAUUUUCAUGAGCUUUAUUUUACAUUCACCUUGAAAGGAGACUUUAGAAAUUGAAAGUCACCUGCCUUCGGCGUGCGAGUCUUCACGUUGUUUUAAUUUGAGAAAAUACGCACUUUAUCUGAGACGCCCUCCCUCCACCAGGCUCAUGAAGAUGGAUUCCGGCAGGCAGGUGCUCCCCUCGAGACUCCCGUGCCCCCCCAAGUCGGGAGAACACCAUGGAUUCUUGUCUUCAAGUCCCCUGGCCUUGGGAUGAUUCUGCUCUGACCUGCACCUGCCGGAGCCGCCGGCGGCCAUCACCACCCAGGAGUGAGCGGCCCGCGUCCUGGGGGGCCCACACCAGCCUGGGGCUCACUCUGGGGGCUCACGGCCUUCCGAGGGGGGCUCCUUCCAGGCUCCCGCCGGCCUGGAAGCCGAGUCUGGUCCACAGCGAUGUGCAGAAGAGCCGGCCCACACCUAGGCCGAGUGCUGAGCGUUUGGAUAGACCCCCCCACCUCCUACCUUCCUGCACAGAAAGAUCUGGAACAUUUAUGAUACCGAUUUGAGAAAGUACUGCACCGGACCUGGAAUUAACUGUUUAAACGUCUCUAUGGCAUUGUGCCAAGUGCCGGAAGAGCUGGGACUUCAUGGGGAGUGCCUUUUCUUACUCUCCACCCCCACGGGUGUGGCUGAUGUAUGGCAGUCAGCACAGGCCACCCAUCCCCCGCAGGAAGUGACAUCCAGUGUUCUCUGUCACUUGCUGCCCCCGGCAGGGGAGGAGGAGAUGCUGGACUCUGCGCCUUUCCUCUAUGUUCACCUGGGCUCGGCCUCACCCACUCGCCUCUCUCCUUGGAGGCCAUGGUGGUUCAAAGUCACCCUGAGAAGUUUGGGGCUGAAAACGAGUUCAAGUGAUGCCCGUGGUCUCAACCUUUCACCGCUGGUUCACAUUUCAGAGUGUUAGGAGACUGUUCAUAGAGUUCCCCCCACCAAAAAAAAAAAUAACAAUAAACCCGAUGUUACGCCUUAACAACUGACACGCAGCUCAUAGCAGUUGUGUGAACAGUAAAGACAGAAUUGAAAAGAUUCAUUUGAUCCCUGUGGCCAUUAUGAUAAAUGGCCUAAAUAGACACUAAUACCUACUCCUGUGGAUGAAAGAAACUGCAAAUCUGUGAAGGCAUGCAGUCUGGGAGGUGAGGAACACAGCUUUCUUGGCGUAUGUUUUACCUUAUUUGACUUAAAGAAGCAAACCUCAGAAAGUGUUAGAAAAAUCCUGGGACUAAUAAUGAAAUUUCUGAGUUCAUGAUAUCUUCCUAUGAACCAGAUUUGCAGACAUAAUGAGAAUGGCAGGUGGGCCGUCUGAGAUCUUACAGGAUUUCUCUGGUGAGAUUUCACACGGCCUUUGGUGCAUUUCCCGUCGGCUGCAAUGGAGUGCUUGGCCGUACCUGUGCAGUAAAGUCCGGUCCCACAAAAUUUAGCAGGUACCUUCCUGACUGAUUCUUCUGAAUGGAUGGGUUUUUAUUGGAAGCUUCAGCUCAUCUCGAUCACUUAUUUUAUAAGAAAAAAAAAAUUCCUCAUUGCUUAGCACAUAGCUUUUGUUUAAUCUCCCCCUUCUGAAUAUUUUCUUAGCUUAAAAGGCCAUCUUAUAUUUUUCUCGCAGAGGAUACCAAUAUUUCAAGAACUUGUCACUGGACUUGAUGGGACAUGCUUUCCGAAUGGCAGCUAAGCUUGACUGUAACCCGUAUUACUUCACGACUCUCUUUCCACCCCCCCCCCCCCCGGGAGAUUUCGUGUCAUGGCUAAGGAAAAGGAAGCAAUGGUCAUUUCUAGUCCCUGCCACUCCGCGUUCUGGCCACCACUCCCUUCUGGGCUGUUCUCUUAUUUAUGAGAAUAACAGUUGGUUUGGGAUGAUUUGAGCUUUGUUGGCUAUGAUGUUUAAAAUAUUUUUUAUGAUUGCUUAUUAUAUUUUCCAUGAGAAUUUCCAUGAUGCUGUCGAGCUCCCUUGUCUGUCAGUUCUUCCCCAGAGCAGUCAACCCUCUUCGUCUCUGAGGGGCCCUUGCAUCUCACGCAGCGGAGCAUCCUCAUUCUGAGUGGAACUUGGGGUAACUCCACUAAGCCCACGAGUGCUACCACCAAAGAGGGCUGCGGGGCCUCCCAUCAGAGACCACAGCCACCGGGGGUGGCACAGGAGUCACGCAACCACUUUUGCAAGUGACAUGACUACGUGGAGUCCCACUUUUCUAGUAAUUUAACCAGUUUUUUUUAUAAGGCAUUUAGUUGAAAGAGUCACCUUAAAUCAACUCACAUGCAAACUCUGGAAGCCGUAGGUGGCACUGGCCAUGCCAACACAUUCAGGCACAUUCACACCCCCGUUGUGUCAUGGCACACUUGGAGACUGCUGUUGACGUAGCACACCCAUGUAUGAUCACCUACCACCCUCCUCUGUGAUUAGCUGGAGUUAUAAAUGAUCAGAUUCUAGAAGCCAUUUUCAGCACCCUGCUUCUUUGGGCAAUGGGUGUGAACUAGUCAAGCUUCAUGCUCAUUUUGGCCCAUAAAAUGCACAAAAGGGACUACUAUGCACAGUAUAUUGCUAUGUAAAAUAGGCUAGCUACCAUUCUCAAAUUUACUUUUGCUACUCGCUCAUAUUAUGGUCAUUAAUUCAGUUCAAUUUAAAGAUAUUUCAUAACUACAAAUACUGAGCCAAGGCCUUUAUGUUGUCUAUUUUGAUAACCUAGUAAACUAAAAUAUUGCUUUGAUCCUUGCUUCUUUCCCCUUGUAGAAAUUGAAAAGAAGUGAACAAGAGAUCAUGUUGGAUUCUUGGUAGCAGCUUUUUCAAUGGAUUAUAUCUGUGGACUUAUAUUACGUAUGCACAUAUAUUAGGAGAUGGAUCAAAGUGUUUUUUUUUCAACUUUUCAUAACUCAUUGCAUUAACAGAAGUGUGGCAUACAUUACAGAAGCAUCAGGAAUGCAGACAUGUUCUCAUUUUAAAAUAUAAUUCACACUAUGAAGUACUUAGAAACCCAUGAGAAUAAAAUUCAGAGUCUGGCCCAAAGUGCACAGUUCCCUGUAAAAGCCUAGUGUCAGAAUGUAGUCUUUUUACAUGAUCAUGUUAGUUCUGCCACAUGCAAGCCUGCUUCCCGUGCCCACUCCUACUCUACUGUGUGGCUCUAGUGGACAUAGCCAGUCAAGGACAUGUUCAGACCCAGAAAGAGAAAAGCAGAGGUGAAAACUCAGUCUGUGGCAUUUCUAAACCAAAAUGUAAGUGGGGCAAGACCUCUUCUUAUCUCGUCAGAAAUCUCAACAUGACCCUCUUCAUCCUCAGCUUUUUUGACUACUGUCAACUAGUUCAAAUGUUAGAUAAACAUGAGCAGAGAGGACAUUUGGAUUCUGGAAAAUGGAAAAGCUGUUUUUCUAUCAUGAAACUUAAGAAAGCAAUGCUGAGCUGUCUUCUCUACAAAUGCAGAUUGUUUACUUCCUCGUACAACGUUGCUAGUGCCUUGUUUAAAUGAUGACUCGUCGUUACUGGAUGUUUUGGUUGCCAUGAGAAGCGGAGUUGAUUGGAAAUAGUUGGAAGCAGAUCACUCUUGCAUGCCUGUCUGAACUCAGGAAUAGAAAGUGACCAAGAAUCUCCUAGCAGGGCAGUGGUGUGUUCAGAACAGAGGCCAGUACGCUCAGCCACCCAGAGGUUGACUUCACACUGAUAUUUCCAUCUUCUAGAGAGCUCGGGUAUCUGUUCUGUAAUGGGAAUGUCAACAUGGUGCCGGUGAAAGUCAGACAGUUUGUUUCUGUGGCUCUAGGAAAACCAGACAUAGGCUGCUAACAGCUGACAGUGAGGUUGGAAUAAGAACCACCUAUUGCCUGAUGCAUUUCAUCAUUUUAGUCCAGCGUCAGAACUGUCACACACGCACACAAAAAAACAACCAGUCAAAUGGUUUUCUUUGUGCUAAAGUUGAUUGGUUUUAUCUUAUUCCAUGACUGGAGUAAAAUCAAACUUGCAACUCUGCACUUUGAAAGAAAGCACCAUAUAAACCUUCAGCCCAGUCUCCCAGGGUCACCACUUGAGCCCUUACUAUUGGCCAGAAAAUGCGCACGCGUGGCGCAGUGUUGGAUUCUUCAACAGUGUGUGGCAAAAGUUAUGGGUUAUGCCACUUGAUUUGACUUUAACCAUGUUAUGGCUUAUUUUGUGUUUAUUUGCUGUUGCCUGUUUUGUGAUUUAAAAAAAAUAAACUUAGUUGAGAUGGUUUCUUUAUAAUUUUUCUUUCAUUGAAACUGCUCCAAAAUAACUUCAACAGUUCAUCAACUAACUCACAGAGUUACUGAUCUUACAAUUGAUUUUAAAGACAAUGUAGACUAAUGAUAACAAUAGUCUUUUCAUGAGUGAAAUCUCUCUUCACUUCCCCUCCAUUUGAAUGGAAAAAAAAUGGUAUUUUUCUCUGUGGGAUUGUUGGUGAAUUGCUUUUGUGUUUCCUCACAAGUGAUUGCACACACCACAUUAAAAAAAAAAAAUUAAGUGUGAUGGUUUUCAAGCUUUCCUUUGGUCUUUUUAGACAUUAGCCACUGCAAUUUCCAGUAGUGUCACUGUUUUUGUUUAGUUUCUGUCCGUCACUUUACUAGCCUUUGGUUUACUGACACCUGAAACGUUGUUAUCAGGAAAUCUAAGUGUAGGGCACUGAUGGUGGUAUUCUAAGAAGGAGUUCAUUCUGUCUUGGGUUGGAUCAAAUGUGGAAGUUCAGGAAAGAGGUGAGUAGGGUCUUGGGUCUUCCCUGGCUAACAGUAGAAACCACCUGCUCAAGCUCCUUUUCCUCUAAUAAGAACAGUCAUAAGGCAAAAACUGGCUGUGAUUCCAGCAGUGAAAAGUGUGUGCUUGCUAACCUUGGUGCAUUGCCAAGAUCUUCAUUUCUACCCUACUCACUUUUUUAAACAAUUCACAAAGAACCUCCCUGAAUACUGCCCUGUGCAGCCAACUUCCUCGUCUUCUCCUGGUCAUCUCUAUUCGCCAACAUUCAAGGGAGAGGGACAGAAUCAGAGAAUCCUAAUUAUGUACAAUAUAAAAUGUAUUAUAUUUUUUGUACUUAUACUUUAUGUAAAUAAUAUGUCUUAUUCAGUUGUAUGUGAGUAUUAAAAUAAAUCCUACCAUUUAGGAAA